UUGACCUGGAAACCUCCCGCGCGCCGGUCGGACACACGGAACCCUCCCAACACUCACCGGGUCGCUUCUCUCUCUCUCUCUCCCCCGAAAAUUGGCGGUAAAACCGAGGUGUGAAACCGUUUUGUACCUGUGGAUUGCUUCUCGUGGACCGGACCGCAGCCAUGCCUGUCGCUAACCGCCUGUUGGUGAAGGGAGGGAGAGUCGUGAACCACGACUGCACCGUGGAAGCAGACGUGUAUAUCGAAGACGGAGUCAUUGCACAGGUGGGGACGAAACUUGCCACCCCGGGGGGAGCGCGUGUCCUGGACGCCACGGGAAAACUGGUGCUUCCCGGGGGGGUCGACACCAACGUGCACUUCCAGGAGCCGGGGGCGGGGUGCAUCACUGCAGACGACUUCUACACAGGCACUAAGGCGGCGUUGGCCGGAGGCACCACGCUCGUGGUGGGCUUCGUGGUGCAAGACAACGACGAGUCGCUAGAGGACGCCUUUGAGCGGUGGAAGGCACAGGGAAACGAAAAGUCAUGCUGCGGCUUCACCCUACACGGCAACGUGACGUCAUGGGAUGACGCCACUUCCGGGGAGCUGAAGAACCUGGUCAACAAAGGUGUGACGUCCUUCAAGACGUCGCUGGCGGCGGAGGCUCGGCUGACGGACGCGCAGCUGCUGGAGAUGUUCGGCAGGUGUAAGGAGCUGGGCGCCCUUCCCGUGGUGCACGCCGAGAACGGGGACAUCAUCAGACAGAUGGAGCGGAGGUUGGCGGAGCAGGGGGUGACCGGGCCCGAGGGCUGCGUGCUCAGCCGCCCGGAGGAGGCCGAGACCGAGGCCGUCUUCAGAGCCAUCACCCUCGCGCAUGCGGUCAACGUGCCCCUGUACAUCCAGCCAAUCACAGGCCGGCCCGCUGCCGACGUCAUCGCCAUGGCCAGGAAAAGUGGAAAGCUCGUGUACGCCGAGGUGACGUCAGCAAGCGUGGCCGUGGACGGGACGCACUGCUGGGACCCGGACUGGAGACACGCCGCCGGCUACGUCACGGAACCGCCGCUGCGCGCUGAUGCCAACACACCGACACACCUCACCAACCUGCUCGCCAACGGGGACCUGCAAUGCUUAUCCAGCGCGGACCGCAGCUACAGCUCGGAGCAGAAGGCGGGCGGGAAUAAGGCUCCGGGGCAAACCGGCGACCUGCAGGUGUGCGGCAGCGGCGACGCGACCUUGAACGCCGAGCAGAAGGCGCUGGGCAAGGACGACUUCAGGAGCAUUCCGCGGGGGGUCAACGGCGCCGAGGACAGGAUGGCGGUCCUCUGGGAGACCGCAGUGCACGCCGGGAAGAUGGACGAGAACCAGUUCGUGGCGGCGACCAGCAGUAACGCCGCCAAGCUGCUCAACAUGUACCCCAAGAAGGGCCGGAUUGACGUGGGCUCAGACGGAGACCUCGUGGUGUGGGACCCUGCCGCCACAAGAACCAUCUCCGCCAAGACGCACCACCAGGCCGUGGACUUCAACAUCUUCGAGGGCAUGGUGUGUCAUGGCGUCGCCCUAUCGGUUGUCCUUGGCGGGAAGGUCGUCAUAGAGGAGGGACGAAUUCUGGCCGCGGCGGGAGCGGGAAAAUUCGUCCCCAGGGAGCCGUUUGGUAACUACACGUACGGGCGCAUCGCCGCCAGAGACAGACUACAGAAGCCCAGCAAGGUGACCCGGGAGCCGUACACAGGGCCCGUCUCUGAGCCCAUGCAGACGACGGAUGGCUUCGGCAGGCAGGAGUCGGCCCGCUCGUCACGUGACCUGCACCAGUCCAGCUUCAGCCUAUCAGAGAUGGCGCCGGAGCUGCCGGAAGUGGAAGAGGUCAGGUCACCACGCAGCCGCCCUAGCACGCGGGUCAUCAACCCCCCGGGCGGCCGGUCCACGUCACUCUGGUAGAGGAACAGACGUGCAGCUCAGCAUAUGUCGGUCACAAGCGUCGUGCGAUCGUCGUGCGAUUUUGAUGUCGUAAAAUGUUCAAGCAGGCUGUGACAGAACCAACAUCUGACAAGGAUCCAAGACUGUGAGCCUUAACGCUACCAAGACAGAUAAAUUUUGCACGACAGACGCACGACUAACCCAAGAUUGCCUUUUAAUAGUAUAGAUUUGUGGUUGUGCGACGAUCGUGCGACAAAUCUUACCAGGCCCUUAGGACCCGGUCACACACGCCGUACGACCGUCACACGGUCACAAACUAAAGGCAUUUUCUAGAUGAUCUAGUGUCUUUCAAAACCCAGCUGUACUAUUACGUUAAUUACGGAA